UCGUCGCAGUUGCCCCGAAUUGAGGAUUUGAACUUCGCAUCUAACAUCACCUCAACCCUCGACUACAACCGAUUUCCUCCCUCAAAGCAGUCAAGAUGUCGAAUCGUCCUACCGUCGGUAUCUUGGGCGCUGAUGGCGCGGGCAGCGGAGAGACGCACCCUCUCCCAGCUGUCUUCAGCUCGCCAAUCCGUCCCGAUAUUGUCCAGGCUGUCCACACCGGCAUGGCCAAGAACAAGAGACAACCAUACGCCGUGAGCGAGAAGGCUGGUGAACAGACCUCAGCCGAGUCGUGGGGUACAGGUCGUGCUGUCGCUCGUAUUCCUCGUGUCUCUGGUGGUGGUACUCACAGAGCCGGUCAAGCUGCUUUCGGUAACAUGUGCCGUGCUGGUCGCAUGUUCGCACCCACCAAGGUCUGGAGAAAGUGGCAUCAGAAGAUCAACUUGGGCCAGAAGCGCUUCGCAACUGCAUCCGCCAUCGCAGCCAGCUCUGUCCCAGCUCUCCUCCUCGCCCGUGGUCACCGCAUCUCGACCGUCCCCGAGGUUCCUCUUGUCAUCUCCAGCAAGGCUUUCGAGGGUGCCGCCCUUGUCAAGACCUCCGCUGCCGUCGCACUCCUGAAGGCUGUCGGCGCUGGCCCAGAUGUCGUCAAGGUCCAAAAGUCUCGCAAACUCCGUGCCGGUAAGGGUAAGCUGCGAAACCGCCGACACCGCACUCGCCGCGGCCCUCUGGUGGUUUACAACCCAGAGACCGAUGGCAAGGAGCUCGUCCGCGCUUUCCGCAACAUCCCCGGUGUCGAGACUUCUUCCGUCUUCGCCCUGAACCUUCUCCAGCUCGCUCCUGGUGGCCACCUUGGUCGCUUCAUCAUCUGGACCUCGUCCGCUUUCGCCGCUCUUGACACCGUCUACGGCUCCACCACCGAGGCCUCCGCCGUCAAGAAGGACUUCCUCCUCCCAUCCAACAUUGUCAGCAACGCCGACGUCACCCGCCUCAUCAACAGCUCCGAGGUGCAGUCCGUGCUCAGGGAGCCCAAGGGCUAUGCCAUCACCAAGCGCUCCAACGUGCAGAAGAAGAACCCUCUCCGCAACAGACAGGUUUUGCUCCGCCUUAACCCCUACGCUGUUCAGUACUCGAAGGACAAGGUGGGCCAGAAGGGUGUUGGCGACCAUGGCAAGCCUGAGCGUAUCAGCGACAAGGCUCUGGAAGUCUUGCACGAGAACUAAAGUGCUUGUUGUCGUAUGAGUGGUGGAUGAAUGGACUGAGCCGGAAGCGGCAUGUUCUCAUCAGUGGCGUUUGUCUCUAAAAUUCUUACUAGCAGAUCAUGGCAAGGCAGAAUCAAUGACAUGAAAUCAAUCCAGGAGCUUUCUUGCAUGU